AUGCCAGAGAGAGGAGAAUGUCAAGCAGCAGAAGAAGAAGAAGCAGCAGCAGAAGAAGAAGAAGCAGCAGCAGAAGAAGAAGAAGCAGCAGCGGAAGAAGAAGAAGCAGCAGCGGAAGAAGAAGAAGCAGCAGCGGAAGAAGAAGCAGCAGCGGAAGAAGAAGCAGCAGCGGAAGAAGAAGCAGCAGCGGAAGAAGAAGCAGCAGCGGAAGAAGAAGCAGCAGCGGAAGAAGAAGCAGCAGCGGAAGAAGAAGCAGCAGCGGAAGAAGAAGAAGAAGAAGAAGAAGAAGAAGAAGAAGAAGAAGCAGUAGCACAAGCAGAAGGAGAAGAAGCAGUAGCACAAGCAGAAGGAGAAGAAGCAGAAGAAGAAGAAGAAGAGGAAGCAGAAGCAGAAGCACAAGCAGCAGAAGAAGAAGCAGAAGCACAAGCAGAAGGAGAAGAAGCAGAAGAAGCAGAAGAAGAAGAAGAAGAAGAAGAAGAAGCAGAAGAAGAAGAAGCACAAGCAGAAGAAGCAGAAGAAGAAAAAUUCGCCGUUUUCCAGCGCAGAAUUACAAUAUUUUCUCUUCAUACGAUAGACGGUGACGAACGACGUAUCCCUACAGCACGAUGCCACGCAAACGCGUUUGACAGCCAGUCCACCAACUGCAUUCGACAGAGGCCGCAUUGUGGGAAUUCAUUGGGCUGGUUGGUGGAGCAAUUGCAAGACACGUGGGCCAUUCAGAUGUUACAGUGGCCGAUGUUGGAAUCAGUGGGUACACGAGGGCACUUACGCACGUCGUGCAAGCUCUGCGUACAACCACAAGCGAGGACCGUCGAAUGGAGCGUCAAGCAGAGCGGAAUCAGCGAACAUGUACUGGUGGCUCUACAACGCCCUGUGAGUGGUCCCGCACAGUGGCUCGACGACCCGCAUCCUCCAGUUUGGGUCCUUCCGCCCCAUGCGUCGGUUGCCACUGGCACCAGAACACCGACAUCGGCGUUUGGAUUGGUGUCGCGCCCGGGAGGCAUGGCCAGAGGAUGA